AUGGAGGUAGACGAUGAAGAAGAAGUACAACCUGACUUGAAAGUGUAUUUACCAGGACAACCUUUAGCAGAAGGUGAGGUCUUGGAAGCAGAUCCUUCCGUCUAUGUCAUGCUUCAUAAUCUCGAAGUUCAUUCUCCUUUCUUGAGUUUUGACAUCUUACAAGACAAAUUGGGCGAUGAAAGAAAAAAUUUCCCUGCUACGGCCUAUAUAGCUGCAGGUACAUCUAUCCCCGGCGUCAGAGAUAAUGAAGUACUAGUGAUGAAGAUGUCCUCUUUACAUAAAACCCAACAGGAUGAUUCCGACGAUGAGGAUGAUCCAGAUGCAUUAGACGAAGAUCCAGUUCUUGAACACCGAUCGAUACCACAUAACGGAUGCGUGAAUAGAAUCAGACUCAUGCCUUACGCUCAAGAAAAACAUAUUGCGUCCACUUGGUCCGAGACGGGCAAGGUGCACAUUUAUGAUUUAACACAAGCAGUAGACAGUUUAGAAGUGCCCGGUACGCCUGCCAAGAUGUCUCAAAAGCCAUUAUGCACUAUCAACCAGCACGGACGUGACGAGGGUUAUGCUAUGGAUUGGUCCAGACUUGAUGUUGGCCGUCUCUUGACAGGUGAUAACAGCGGAAAAAUAUAUCAGACAUUACUCACGCCCACGGGUGUGCAGACAGAUUCAGUUGCAUUUAGAGAACACAGAUCAUCUGUCGAAGAUCUCCAAUGGUCACCUACAGAAACAACCGUCUUUGCGUCCUGCUCAUCUGAUCAGACCGUCAAGAUUUGGGAUACACGUAACAAGAAGCGAUCAGCCGUGAAUGUGCACGCAUCAAGUUCGGACGUGAACGUGAUCACCUGGAACACAAAGGCAGCUUACUUAUUAGCCAGUGGGCAUGAUGAUGGUAUCUUUAGUAUCUGGGAUCUUCGUACAUUCAGAUCCAAUAGCGGCAAACCCACGCCAGUGGCUACCUUCAAGUGGCAUCACGCACCCAUCACAUCCAUCGAAUGGCAUCCAACAGAAGAAUCCGUCUUGGCUGUCUCCGGCGCCGAUAAUCAGUUGACCCUCUGGGAUCUUUCAGUCGAACCAGAUACGGAACAAGAUGGACAGAUGACACAUGAGGACGUGCCGCCUCAGCUGUUGUUUGUUCAUCAGGGACAAGAAGAUAUUAAGGAGUUACAUUUCCAUAGGCAAAUACCUGGUUGUGUGAUCAGUACGGCAAACACAGGAGUUAACAUUUUCAAGACGAUCAGUAUUUAG